AUGACGCACCAUCGGCAGCCACAGCAUCAGCAUCAUCUUUUCCCUCAAUCAUACGGCUUCGAAGACACUGCAGAUCAGCAGGGCGAUGGGGGCUACUACGCGGGCGAGGGCGGGCCAGGCCCCUCCACCUUCAUCUCCACCACUCCCAUCUCUCCUCCCGGCAGCCACGGCUACCAGCACCCCCAAGGCUCCUUUAAUGUGGUGCCUCAGGCCCCUAUGAGUGGGCCAAGGAGGGGCGGACCAGCGAGGCCCACCGCUGCCGGUGGCGUGAGGCCACAACAGCCCCAGCCCCAGCAGCCGCUCUUCAGCGACAUCGGCCAGGGUGACUUCCUCAACAACGUAGCCCAAAUCACCGACAACCCUCUUCUCAGGGUGGGCCUUGAUCAGGGCUCGCGGUGGGCAGAAGACGCCGGCCGAAAGGGCCUCGAAGGGAUCACACGCUACCUCGAAGCGACCAAUUUGAAGUACUACUUCAACAUCAACAACUCCUACGUCCCCAACAAGCUCAAGGUCAUCUUGUGUCCCAUCCUGCACAAGUCUUGGACGCGACGUAUCACACAAACGCCCGACGGCAAGGAACAGUAUUUGCCGCCCAAGGACGAUCUGAACGCCCCCGACCUGUACAUUCCGUUGAUGGCGUUUGUGACAUACGUCUUGCUCGCCGCAUUUGUGUUGGGCACCAGGAACGAGUUCACUCCCGAGAUGCUGGGCAAGCUUGCCUCGUCGGGUCUCAUCUCGCUGGGCUUCGAGGUGGUCUUCCUCAAGUUCGGGUUCUAUCUCCUCAACUCUAUGAACUGUUCUGUCUUUGAUCUCCUCUCCUACGCCGGCUACAUUUUCAUCAGUCUCUGCGUCAACCACCUCGUUGGGCUCCUCCUGGGCACCUAUGCCUACUACUGCUCGGUGGUCCUCACGGGCGUUUUCAUCGCCAUCUUCAUGGUGCGCACACUGCGUUUGCUGAUCCUGCCCGACCAGGAGAUGGCCAACACGCCCCUGGCCUCCAGCAAGCGGAGCUACUUCCUCCUGUCCGUUGCUGUCCUGCAGCUCGUCAUGUCCUACUUCCUGGGCGUGUGCAAGUGA